CGACGCUUCACUGUUACCUGUACGUGAAAUGAACACCUGUUGCCGGGGCGGUUUUUAAAAACAGAAAAAACGCUCAUAUUUCAGGCAGUUUGCAACGCCACAAAAGCUCCAGGCCAGGCCUGCUUUCAGUUAGCCACACAGUGACCUCGCUGCAGGUCCACACGGAGCCGACUGAGGCACAGGUUUGCCCGGAAAGGAACAUACGAGGGAUGUGUUUUUGAAAGGAAAUCUCACAGCGGCCGCCGACAUUAACCGAGCUACAGAUUGAACAUGCUGCAGGUUGUAUGAGUGACAGAUAUGGGGCCAGCGGGAUCAUAUUUGCGGAUUUUCACUGUGGUGGCACUUUUUUGCCUAUUUUUGACUAUUGAAGGUGCAAGGCCAGAGGUGCUUGGAAAGGUCGGAGGUGUGGUGGAGUUGGAGUGUAGUUUUCCUCCAUCGGAGCCAGCUGCCGUGUCUUCAGCCUCCCUGCACGUGGUGGAAUGGGUUCGACAGGGACUCGACAUCCCCGUCCUGAUCAAAUUUGGAUCGUACGCGCCUCGCCUCCAUCCACAAUAUGAGGGGCGGGUGUCUCUGGUACGAAUCACUGACCUGAGGCUGGGCGACCUGCAGCUGGGUGACCAGGGCUUGUACGAGUGUCGAAUCCUCUUACUGGAUGAACCCACGGAUGAGCUGCAAAAUGGCACCUGGACUCAGCUUUCUGUAACCGCUCCACCCACCUUCACACAAGCCCCGCCUGCUGUAAUGGAGGCUCUGGUUGGAAGUCACCUCUCUCUUGCCUGUGUUGCUAAUGGCAACCCUACUCCAACCAUCACCUGGCUAAAAGAUGGCAGUGUAAUUCAAAGAAUAAAUUAUCAGGAAGGAGCGUUAUCUCUGCGAGCAGUGAGCAUGCAGUCAGCAGGACAGUACACCUGCCACGCUUCCAAUUCUGAGGGAAACGUGACCCGCGUAACCAAAGUGAAGAUCAAAGGUCCGCCUGUUAUCGUCGUCCCUCCCAAAAGCACGUCUCUCAACAAGUCCCAGAAUGCACUUCUCCAGUGCCAGGCGGUGGCUGACCCCCCCAACAUGACCUAUGUGUGGCAGAAAGGUGGAGAGAACGUCCAUCACAUAGAGUCUCUGAAGUCGCGAGUGAAGAUCAUGGUAGAUGGAACUCUACUCAUCUCCAGUCUCAUCCCUGAGGAUUCUGGGAACUACACCUGCAUGCCGAGCAACGGCCUGCUGACCCCGCCCACCGCCUCUGCCAACCUCACAGUGAUGCACCCAGCCCAGGCUCUUCCAAUGCCCCAGCAAACGUACCUUCCAGCAGGUAUGGAGGGCGUGGUCGCCUGCCCAGCCGCAGCUCAGCCUCCGCUGCUCCGUGUGGAUUGGACAAAAGAUGGAGAACCACUUGACCUGUCCUUGUAUCCAGGAUGGACGUUGACACCAGAGGGCUCUUUGUUGAUGACCACAGUCAAUGACGACUCGGCAGGAAUUUAUACGUGUACGCCAUACAACCGCUACGGCAGCAUGGGUUCAUCUGAGCCAACGGACGUAAUUCUCCAGGACCCCCCAUCACUCAGCGUCACUCCGGAGAAGCAGUACAAACAGGAAGCUGGGAGAACCUUGCUCAUCCCCUGUCAAGGAAAAGAGGACCCCACGAUUAAAGUGACCUGGAGCAAGGUUGACUUGGCUCGUCGCACGUCGUACUCCAUAGAAGCCAACGGUUCUCUGCUCCUGCAGCCUCUCACUAAGGACCACCAGGGGGCGUGGGAGUGCAGCGCUGCUAACCGCGUGGCCUCGGUGAAAGCCAGCACACAAGUCUUUGUCCUGGGAACCAGUCCCCAUGCGGCUACCUCUCUGUCCGUCUCUCCCGGGGUGAAGCAGGCCAACAUUUCCUGGGAGCCAGGCUUUGAUGGAGGAUCAGCACAGACAUUUUCAGUUUGGGUGAAGAAGACUUCAGCGAGUGAUAAUGAUGGGAAGCAGGACUGGUUCUCUGUGCCCGUGCCCCCGUCCUCAGGCAGCGGCCUGCAGGUGACGGGCCUGUCUCCUGCCACCGACUACCAGUUCAGCAUCCUGUCUCAAAAUAAAAUGGGCACAGGCCCCUUCAGUGAGAUCGCCACCUCGAGGACCUUGGAUCCUCCGCCGAGGAGAAGUAAGCUGAAGCCCCCUGCGUCGCUGUCGGCUAAUCAGGGCUCAGAAGGUGUCAUUCUGCAGUGGUCCCUUCCUGAAGCUCAGCACCCUGCCAUCACAGGCUUUGUUCUCCAAUCCCGCACCGAGCAAGGGGAGUGGUUUCAUCUGGACGAGGAUAUCAGUGCCAACAGUAGCCAGAUAGUUGUUCCCGGUCUGCACAAGGACUGCGUGUACGAGCUGCGGCUGCUAUCUCGUCGCGGGGAGUUGCUGAGCGAGCCCAGUCCAUCAGUCAAUGUCUCCACCAUGGGGAUGGAGAUCUACCCCGCCACAUCCCGACUGCUGGAGCUGGUCCCGGAGCCGUUACUGGCCGGCGUGCUGGGCGGGGUCGGCUUCAUGUGCUUGGCACUGGUCUUGCUGCUGGGGUCCGCCUGUGUCAUCAGCCACAAGAGGGACCAGCGUCGCAGAAAGAAGAAGGAUGAGCCCCCCUCUGCCAUCUAUAAAUGCUCCCCAUCAAUGAAGACUUCCGGCAGUGGCAGUCCAGACAGUGUGUUGAAGAGAAGCCUCCUUCCAGCCAGCCUCCUCUAUCCCACCUCUUCCUCCUUCACCACCACCACCGCCUCCUCCUCCUCGCAGACAGACUGCUCCUCCUUUAGCGCUGACAGUCACCAUCGGCGGAAGCAACUCCAGUCCAACUACAGCAGAGGCCGCCUUACUAGGACAACUUCUUCUCCCAUUACUCCUCCAAUCGAGUUGAUCUCUAGAGGCCCGGACGGGCGCUUCGCGCUCCUGCCGUACAACGACGACGCGCUGAGUGUUCACAGCAAGAGAAGCGGAAGGUAUAACCAAGAUAGGGUCCGAAGGUCUGUGUCGCUGCGCUCAGAGAGGGAAGACAGGAAGCAGCCGGCGUUUGUGCUUUCUGUUGAUCUGCCACCUUGCAGGCCGGCACAGGGAAAUCCCACAAACCAAAUUUGUGGCGUGGCCCAGGGCCUGCCCCAUCCCCACCGUUAUAUCUUGGAUCAGAAGGCAAGCUACGAGGGCUCUCCUGACGUCAGCAGCCUGUGCUCAAACAGUAGUUUGGCCACCAUUCCUCAACAAGACAGAGAAAUACCUCCCGAAUUUCCAGUGCUCCCGCAUAUCCGAUCCGGCCUAGGCCAGCCAUCUGUGACCGCCAGCGCUCUGGUUCUCCAAAUGGAGCACGAGCGCGAGCGGGGAAACCUGAGCCGCUGUCUGAAGCUGGCUCAGGAGAGGGAGGAGCUGGAGAUGGAGCUCUUGAGGUACACGCUGGAAAGAGGCUCGGAGAGAGAAACGGAGACGGAGCGUUACGACUUUGAGAGGAGAGAGGCCGCCGCUGCUGAGCUUGGGUGGGAAUAUAAGAGCAGCACCUUGCCCCACAGAUACCCCGAGGGCAGGAAAGAGUGCUUUGGUCUGUCCCAGAGCCCUUUCUCUUCAUCUGAUGUGCAUAGGGAGUCCCGUUCUCUUGUCUCUCCUCUCACUCUAACCCCGGCCCGCGCCUGUUUCAGAGCGUCUUCACCUGCGAGUCCCUCUUGUUUUAAGCCUGGUAACCAUUACGCUGCUCCAUCCUUCACCAAACACACCCCCGUCCUUUCUGAGGAGGCAGGCAGAUUAACUCUCCCACGUGUCUCCUCAAAGAACCAGAGGCAUGAAAGGGUAGAGGCAGCGCCAGAGGGCUAUGAUAAUUCACCACAAUCCACAGUCUUAGAAAUGCAAACGAAUGAUUCAUGCUCUGAGGCAUGGAGACAGAACAAUCACAGUCAUAGCAGCCUUUCAACGUUGUCUUUCCAUAGCAGUAAAUAUACUCAAAGAUCUAAUCUGCGCCUGGAUGCAGUGCCAGCCUCUUUAGAUGCAGAGGUAGCAUUCCCCGAGCCCGCUGAUGAAGUUGUGUGUGUUGAGAUGAGUGUGGACGAGCCAGAGUUGGAGGUGUGUGUGACGCAGCCUGCGAAGCCCAUGCUGCACCACAGAAUCGCCUCCCACGUUCAACACGGGCACGCGCUGAGUCGCAGAGGCCGGCACGAAGACGCGACUUGGAGCGCAAGCUUCAACCGCCGCGGUCCAGCUUAUCCACAAACUCCCAGACCGGAACUCUGGAGAGCUGUGACCCACGGCUCUAAACUCUGGGACUGUAAGCAGCGAAGCCAGAGCCUUGACUCCCGGAGACGGAAAGAGCCGGGUUUCCUGGCUCCUGAUGCGUGGAUAGACUCUCUCAGCCAAGAGAACUGCUCUGUUGCGUCUUCCGGUCGCCCACACACUCUGUUCUGGGAACCCCAGAGCCCUCCGGCCAGAAAUAUCUCCAAAUCUCCUGCAAAUUCACCUUCUGCUUCCCAAGCUGCCUCCCGGUCACCUCCUGCUGUGGACGCUUUAUCUCUAAGAAGCAGCCCAGACAGGCCCGUUCCAAAAGAUGACGUGCCUCGCCACUACGAGCCAAAAAGAGAGGCGGCCAUCUUUCCCAGUGCUGCCAAACGGCCGAUCGACUACCGGGAGGCCGUGAAAGAGGCAGAGGUUUAUCUGGAGGCCAUGAAGGAAGCUUCCAUAUGCUUACCGCAUGGCGAAGACAAUUACCAUCAGGCACUAGAAUUAGAGGCGGGGGACUCCGAGGGAGUGCCAGAGUCCGGGAGCAGCUACAGCAGUUAUGCAAGCAGCGGCCGAGGCAGCAUGGAGCCCGCUAACAGACGCCUGUCCCUGUGUCACCUCUCCCCAAGCCUCCCCAGCUCACCCGGGACUGCAGAGGAGAGCCAGGGGAGCACAGGGGACAAGCACACUCACCAAAUGGAACAAAGCCAAAGGAGAAAGGUCUCAGUUGAUGAGAAUUACGAGUGGGAUGCUGCUGAUUUCUGCUCACAGCCGGGAAACCAUGACGACCUGCUUCCCUCGUUGAAUCUACUGAAGCCUGCUCCGUGCCGUAGCCUUCCCAGAAUGCAGUGCUCCACCAAGGCACAGACACAUUGUGCUCAGCCCUCCUUGCUCCUGGGCCAUCAAAGCAGCUGCUCUGCUGAGCCAGAAGCAGACACCGUGCUGUUCUGACAGCGCCAGCCUUCGGCUCAUCUCACCUGCUGCGUCCUUUCACUUAUUGACUUGCAUCAUGAGGUGACAGAAAAUAGGCAUUUUGCAGAAAGUGAGCUUUUCUCUGAUCAAUCUAAUUCCAGUUUUCAAAGCACAAAAAAGGACACCGUGUAUGUUGUCCUUUUUUGUUUCUCUUGGUCUUUUUGUCAAACUUCACUUGGGAAGAUAAUUGUUUUCAACAGUACAGGGGUCAGUUAAAGCAGUGGUUCCCAAACUUUUUCACAUCAAGAACCCCUAAACUGACACAAAAAGAACACAGACCCCCCCCCAUUAUGAUACGAUUUUGUCCCCCAUCUGAUAGGAUUCUUACUUUUAGAUGUUUUGUUACAGAAAGUGUAUGAAACAGACGACCGAAAUAGUCAUUCCUUCUGUCAUUGUGUUACCUAAAUGUCAAGGCAUUACCAACCCUGGGAACUUGCUCACUCUCGUUCUGUCUAGGUUUUUACAGCAGAGUUUGGUUGUGCUCGACCAUAUGAUACUAGGAACUGAAUGCGUAGCCGGCCGACUGAAAAGGGAAGAAGGGGCCUACCUUGAUUCAGCGUCCUCCGGCCCGGCGUCCUUAGCUAGCCUGCUCCUCUUCCUUCGCCAGGCGGCGUAGCCUCCAACAGCGUUGCCACACAGUUGACCGUUCAUUUUGUAAACCUUUUUUAAAGACGCACACACAACAAUAACAUAACUUGAGGAGGGAGAAAAAGUCAGCGAAAUCAGGAAUCGCUGACUCUCUGUCAGUCUCUCAUUCAGGCUCUUUCCACCGUCCCACGUCUUGGCGUGUUCAGACUGCCUGUGUCGGCCGGUCUGGCAAAAAACGCGCUUCUUCUUUCCUUUUUAUUUUGAAUGGGGGGGGUAGUGUGUUAAGGCUGCGGCGGGGGUUGCCGCAGGUGGGACGUGCAAAAAAACGUUUUGAGAAACGCAACCCCACGUCAUGCUGCGGUGGCCAAUCACGUAACCGGGGAUCAGACUUGUCGGUGUGUUUUGAGCUGUGGUUUGAGGCGCUGUGCGAAUCCCGUACAGGAAACGGGGAACAUCACUGCCUCUAUCGCUGCCACAAGAAAGUUUGAAAACACAAUGAGGGGUAAAAAAAAACGAAACACAAGCACUGAACUGCCAGGGAGUUUGUGUAAUGCUACGUCUCGCUCGUAUCUUUUCUUUCUCUCUCUCCUGUGAAAUGAAGUGCGGUCGGAAGCGUCGAGAUCUAUAAACGACAUCAUGGAAAUCAGUAAUUGUGAAAUAAAAAGUCUAAUUGUGCUUUGUGAGCUCCGUGACGCAGCUAAGCCCCCACCCACCCCAGCCGGGCGGCCAGUGAAAUAUUGGAAUAUAUUGGAAUUAUAGUGAAAAUAAAUGAUUCCCCUUUUUGAGUGGGACCCCCCCCCCCCUCCCUGCAAUCCCCUCGAGGACCCCACUUUGGAAAUGGGAACCACUGAGUUAAAGUAAUGGAGACACAAAAAUGACCUUUACCCUUGUGCGGAGCUUUAAAAGGUUGUUUUGCUUUUUGCUCUUGGCACUUUCCUUUGACACAGUCUGCCAAUAUCAAAGCUUCCCACUGCGCUGAUGGAUUCACCACGUUCUCCGUGUGUGGUUUUUAAUAUGCAUUCAUCAUCCAGGGAUGACGUAGUAGCCACACAAGGGACAAAACCGGUCUCAGUCAUCAUCAAGUGACUGGUUUAGGCCGGGGAUGAUGAAGUUUUUAAGAUGUCAUCAAUCACCUUUGAGUUUAACAAGAGCUGUUUAUGAAAUGCCAAUACAUAAAUAAGGAAGAUAGAUAGAAUAUGAAAUUGUUAUUUUGCUAUACUGUUACUGUUCUGCUUUAGUCCAACACUGUCUCGAAAAGUAAGUCUUUUACCAACAGAGAUAAUUAUAUAAUAAUAAUAAUAAUAAUAAUGAUGAUAAUAAUAUACUGUGAAUUUCUGGAAUCUAAAAAUCUACUUCGUGUGGAUAAAAGCCUUAGUUUCCUCCCCAGGCCGUCUCCUUGUUUAGCCGAGCAAGACCCCUAAUUAUGUUUGGUAAUUGAAGAGGGUCAAGUCAAUAUGUUGAGUUUGUCCUUGUUUAUUUUGUAUGGACAUAAAGGGAAAUUAGCUUUUAUUUUUGCUUUGACUUUGAUUUACCAAGGGUCAGUUCACUGAAAGAGCACUGCUUUUCCCUCCCAGCAGCGCCUGCUUUGUACUCACACAGCUGCUAACAUUGACACUUGGGAGCCAACAGUGUUGCUGAUUUAGUGGCACCAGUUAAGUGGUUUAAUGCCUUGUUUGAGGGCACGUCAACAGCAGCGAUGGAGCACAUCCCCGUAGGGUUGGGCGACAAUUACUACUUACCAUGGACCUGCAUAUUAAUGCCGUCAUCAGGGCUGCCCCCUCAAUUAGUCAAAUAAUCAGUCAUUUGGUCUUGGUUGACUUCAGAUUUCUUUAGUCAGUGUGUCUGUUAUUUCCAGGAAACUUAAAGGUGCUGUAGGUAGGAUUGUGAAGAUCCAGGACUUAGCCAAAAAAUGUGAACAUCGACAACUUCUCAGUCCCUCCCCCCCUUUCUGAUAAAGCCCAAAACGAUCUCCUAAGCCCCUCCCCCCACAAGGGAGAGCUGUGCACGAUAGAGCGCGUGUGAAGGGGAGGAAACCUAUCUGCAGCUCGUGCGCGAGGAAGGGGAAGGGGAGGACGCUAUGAAAUGCUUGGGCCUGUGCAGUGAUUGACACGCAGUUAGACAACCCCAUUCCCGAUUAAAUCAACUAAUCGAUCCAACUAAUCGACAAAAUGGAGGAUCGAGAAGAAUUUCUUGAAUCAAGGACAGUCUUAGCUGUCAUAUUACAAAUGCUGUUGUCCAAAUUGUAAUCUAAAGAUAACAAAAUUAGUUAUUUAAGUUUUUGUUUUUUUCCACUGCACAGUCACAUCAGUAUUUAAAACUACAAAUUUUCAGACCCAAAUUACGGUAAUUGAUUUCAGUGGAACCCACAUGUUCAGUGGAUUCAGUAAAAGUGAGUAAAACGUGUUCAACAAAAACCUGUAAUUAUAACUGGAAAGGAUUUUUCUCAAAGUUCCCAUAUAUAUCGACGCUGUCAGAUGAAAACCUUGUAUGUCCAAAACCGUUAUUCAGGAAAGGAAAAAGGCUAAUUUGAAAACAUUUUUUAUUAAUUAUAAAAUAAUAUAAAUAAUAAUUUCCAUUUUACCUUAGACGAAGUCAGACCAAAUUGACUCGUCACUGUUUAAAUAUUUGAAAAACCCACAGGCAGACAUAAUAGGUGACCAAUAGCAUUGAUUUAUGAAAAACCUGACUUGAAUAUUGAUUGAAAAUGACAAAAUGUUUCUGCCCAAAACAGUGUUUUCAAUGGAAAGCAUCUAAAGCCUGCUCGAAGAAGUCACCAGAUAAUUUUGCAUAUUGGUGACUUUUUACAUCCAUACUAGAUAUUUUAGAAAUAAUAAAAGUCAAGCUCUACUUAACGGACUUGUCGUUCCGGCUUUAGCAUGAGCUAACAUUAUUGUUGAAGUUGCUGUCAUCUCAUCAAGUUCCCUGGACAAAAAAUUGUCAGUGAUCAGUGAUUGGUCUUUCACAUUUCGGUCUAGCUGAUGAUUGGUCGACUGAAUGAGAAAUACUGUUGAUUCUCUUCAAGCAUGGGAAGCUAGAAUUGGUUUUGCUGUGCCACUUUCUGGUGAGAGUUGUGUCUGUUGUAAGGCCUAACAGUGGAACACAGUUCAUUGCAUUAGGGCUGCAAGUAAUGAUUAUUUUCAUUGUCGAUUAAUCGAUUUGUUGUUUGGUCUAUGAAAGAAAUGGUGAAAAAAGUCGAUCAGUGUUUGCUAAAGAACAAGAUGACGUCAUCAAAUGUCCACAACUCAAAGAUAUUCACUUUACUGUCAUAGAAAAGUGAAGAAACUAGAAAAUAUUAUCGCUGGAAUC